GACAACAAGAAACACAUGCUCAGCUCGCACUCCUUCUCCAUGGACGAGCCAAAGAAGGUACCGUCUAUGCUUGUCUACAGCGGUGCUCUAUCACUUCAUCUACUACGUGGCGCUGCCGUCCGACCUCAGCAAGCUGGGCGGGUACGCGCGCGACAGCUCGCCGGAGGCAGACGACAACAAGAAACACAUGCUCAGCUCGCACUCCUUCUCCAUGGACGAGCCAAAGAAGGUACCGUCUAUGCUUGUCUACAGCGGUGCUCUAUCACUUCAUCUACUACGUGGCGCUGCCGUCCGACCUCAGCAAGCUGGGCGGGUACGCGCGCGACAGCUCGCCGGAGGCAGACGACAACAAGAAACACAUGCUCAGCUCGCACUCCUUCUCCAUGGACGAGCCAAAGAAGGUACCGUCUAUGCUUGUCUACAGCGGUGCUCUAUCACUUCAUCUACUACGUGGCGCUGCCGUCCGACCUCAGCAAGCUGGGCGGGUACGCGCGCGACAGCUCGCCGGAGGCAGACGACAACAAGAAACACAUGCUCAGCUCGCACUCCUUCUCCAUGGACGAGCCAAAGAAGGUGCUCCUGCGGAUAUACGGCCAGGUGCACGGCGAGCGCGCCAUGGACGCCAUCGUGACGGAGUCGGUGAUAUUCACGCUGCUGUCGGAGCGGCGGCUGGGGCCCAAGCUGCACGGCGUGUUCUCCGGAGGGAGGAUCGAAGAGUACAUACCGGCACGAUCACUCAUCACAAAAGAGCUGUCAGAGCCAGCGAUAUCUAUGAAAAUAGCUGAAAAAAUGGCGGCCAUACACUCUAUGGACGUGCCGCUGUCAAAGGAGCCCAACUGGCUGUGGAAGACCAUGGGCAAGUGGAUGAAGACCGCGCGCGACGAGAGAUUGGCACCCAACGCUGUUGGAAAGACGGUUGAGGAACAGAAUAUAAUAAAACAGCUGAAACCCAUAGACUUCGAAAAGGAGCUAGAGUGGCUGAAGAAGUUUGUAUCCUCUAUGGAUUCUCCAGUGGUGUUCUGCCAUAAUGACUUGCAAGAAGGAAAUAUUUUGUUACUCGAGGACGAAAUCCAACCCACGGAGGACGAUGACUACGUCAACUAUGACUCAAAGACCUCCAAAUACGUUAUGACGCAGUUCGAUGACCAAAACACGUCAGACUCGAUCACCAGUCAGAUAUCUGACACGGGAGAACCCAGACUGGUGUUGAUAGACUUCGAGUACUGCGCCUACAACCACAGAGGGUUCGACAUUGCCAACCAUUUCCAAGAAUGGGCGUACGAUUAUACCAACCCGAAGCACCCGUUCUAUUAUGAAAAUCUGGACAAUCUACCCACAUUGGAACAAAAGGAGAUAUUCAUCAAGGAGUACCUAAAGCAUUACCACACCAAUCUCUCGGAGGAUAAGAACCACGUGCACGAUCCGUCCAUAGACGAGAUAAACCAGCUGCUCAACGAAGUGGAGGGGUUCACUCUGGUCACGCAUCUACUCUGGUGUCUAUGGUCCAUUGUCAACGCUUCCAAGAGUCAGAUACCUUUUGGAUACUGGGAGUUCGCUCUCUGCCGGAAAGAACACUACAUGAGUUUGAAACAGGAAAUCAUGAAAAAGGACAAGUUCGGUUUCUCACAGAAGAGGAAAAUCUGCGAGGUCGACAUAUGAGUUGCGGGCCAGUGAGCGUAAGUCCUCGUCUCACUUGCGACGAGCGAUAAACUAUGAUCGUGGGAAGUGAAGUGAAGUGGAGUGAAGUGAACUGGACAAAUCGCGAGCUUUUGUAUUUGGGUUCUUUACGAAACCCUCAUAUGUUUGUAUAACAUAGAAUAAAACAAAAACACGCGAUCCUGUCGUACUUUGUGAAGAACACCCGGAGGUUUACCGUCACUUAAGGAAAGUAAAGUGAGUAGUAACUACGAUUCUCUCGUUGAUUUUUAAGGACAACCUGUUUAAUGUAUAUAGAUAUUUUUUUUUAAAUCAAUUUGUGACACCUGUAAUAUUGUUGUAGUUCUUAAUCUGAAAAUGUGGCGAAAAAUAUAAUGAAGUCACGUAAUUAUUAGUAUAAUUUACAAAGAGUUUCAAUAUAUCUUGAUAACAAAGUAAAUUUUAAAAUUUAGUAGUGAUUUUAUUUAUUUAAUUAUUACCAUAAUUGUAACAUUGUGUACCUUAAAAUAUAUUAAGAUGAGUCCACACUAUGUAUGUAACAUGAUAUAAAUUUUUUGUUAUAUAACAUGUUAAUAUAGUUUAACUUUCAUAACAUGACUUUAAAAAUAACAGAUUAAGCUAUGCAGCAAUUUGUUUUCUUCUGCAUUCAAGGCAUGAACUGUAAAUUUGUAAAUAAAUGAUUGUUACAAUAAUUUAUUUUUCAAAAUUCUCUUGAACAUGCUUGCGUCUUCGAUUGAUGCUUUUGUUUUCCAAACGCGUGGUAGAAUCAGUACUUACUGACAGACUUCUUCUUUCAAAAGAAAAGAAAAUUAUACUGUUUAUUGUAAUUGUUAAAAAUAUGUAUUUCAAUUUGAAUACAAAGAAUUAGACAGACACCCGUAAAGCAAUCUAUUACUAAUCUACCAAACGAAACAAUACACCAUCAAGUGUCCAUAUCUGCUGCAUAACUAACAAAUUCAUAUCUCUUUUUACUUUUCUUUGUAUCCACUCUAAAUUAUGUAGCAUGUUAAUUGUUUCUAUAUUUUUUUACAUAUUAUAUUACAACAUUUAAUAGCAUGUUACAGUGGACCCAACAUCUUUUUAAGAAUAUCAUUUUUAAAAAUUAUUAUUAUUAUAUGAUAAAAAGCGUAUCAUGUAAAUAAUCGAAAUAUAUAAAGGUGACAAUUAGGUAUAGACGUAAAUCGGUUUGCCAAUUUAUUUAUAUAUAAAACAAAUAAAUGAGGUACUUAAAUUAAGAAAAAUACUUAAUUUGUAAAAAAAUCUAUAUUGUAAAUCUUCAUCUGAAUCCAUAUAAUAUGUAUCCAAUCCUUUUUAACAUAAAUAAAAUAAUAAUUAAUAACAUUUAAAUAAAUGUAAAUAUUCAUUCAUAAUGACUACGAAUUAUAAGCAGUAUUAACGCACAAUUUUUUAAAACAUUCCUUGAAAAAAAUUGUUGAAAAAUAAAUACUCGAAUCACUGCAUGGCAUUUUCAAAAAAGAUUUCAAAUCCAUCUAUUUAUUUGCUUAUUUAGAAUUAUAGUUAUGCACGGUAGUUUAAAAGUUUUGGGCACCAAAAAUUCUAGUUUUAACAAGUUCAAGGUGAAAAUGUGCCUUGAGUGUUGCUAUGUGAAAAAAUAUUGUAAGGCUGGCUGUAUUGGAAAGCUAAUUGUUUUUAAAAUAUUCUCGUAGAUUUACAUAACUUUUCAAUUGAACUGCAUUCUAUAAGUACAAUUAAGAUCUAAAUAAUUUUAGUAAAAUAUCGUUAGUUUCAAAUACCUAAAAAGCCUUGAAGCCUAAAGCCUACUUUUGAAGACUAAAGUCAAAUAUUUGUAAUAAAAUAAAACGAAUAUUUAUUUGACUUCACGUGUAGUGUUUUUUAAAUAUUCACUGACUAACUCUGGGAAAAUAACACUAUUCAAGGCUUUUAAGACACGCAAUUUUUGUAAGAAUUCCUAAAUUCAAAUUUAUUUUCAGUAAAAAAAGACUAUGAUGACAACUUCUAGAAUAAAUGAAGUGUGAUAUUUAUGUAUAACUUAAAUGUAACAUUCCCAAAAAAAAGUGAAAAAUCCAAAAAAAAAUGCAUUUCGUACGUAGUACUUAUAAAGUCGAUUUUGUGAUCGUAAUUAAGAUUUUCGCUUAGUUUUUACACACAUUUACUUAUUUGGAUUUUAGCCUAUGUAUGGAUUCCUAUUUUUUAUAUUUUGUUAUGCUUUGGUUGAACCAAAAAUUAGGCGCGUUAUUUAUUUGGUGUGGUAUGUUUUAGAUGAACAUUAUGGCAACAUAUUUAAGACUUAUUUUUACGAAUCCGUUUUAUGCAAAAUUGUUGGUUUUUAUACUGUAUACAAUGAAUACCCCAUUGUCCUCAUUAUGAUAAUCUAAAAACUUCUGUAAAAAAUUUAGAAUACUACUCGUAUGUUGCGUACUCCUGAAUUCAGGCCGCCAUCAUUAAGUUACUCAGAAAUCGUUAAGUUUAUUAAACUCAACAGUGUACUUUUCAACUCUUUAAAAAAUAUCAAUUUGAAAUAUCCAAUUAUGUUAUUUUACUAACAUAAAAAUAUUAAACGCAAAAAAUUAUUGCAAACUCAAAACAAAAAUAAUAUAACACUAGAAUAAUACAGCACAUGCAUAGGAAAACGGGGUAUAUGUUGUUGUAAUUAGGUAUAUAAAAAUGUAUGUAAUCUUUUAUUAUGUAAAACUGCCAAAGAAUUAUGAAAUCUUGACAAAAAUUUACCCAGACACAUAUCCAAAACGUCUGUCUGACUUUUCGUAAACACUUGACAAACAAGCACAUUUAUGCUUCGGUUUAUACUUUUGACUGGCACUUCAUAUUUGAUACGUAGACAGAGAAGUUAAUAGACACCUGAUUUGAUAUACAAUUUUGAUAUUCAAAAACUUUACGCUGGACCAUUAUUUACAUAGUAAGCGGCAAACAUCGAGUCCACUCUGACAUUGCAAUACGCCGAACUGCGCAGCUAAUAAUAAACCCGGGUGGGAUAUGUGGGAGCGGCUUUGAGGCUUGGCGAGACCUAUACACGACUUAACAUCAAAUGUGUAACCAUCUUGUCCAGUUUUCAAGUUCUGUUGUUUAUUAUGUGAUGGAUGCUUUCUAUCUGUCUAUUUACUUCUCUGCCUAUGAUUUGAUGUUACAUGCGUUUAGAGUGCCACAAACUUUUCUAACCCGGUGGCCAAAAUAGGAAAUAACGUCGAGGCGUCGCCAUUUUGCAAAAAAAUAUAUGACAAAAUAAAAACCUCACCUAACCGGGUGAGUUACGUUUGUGGCACUGUAAAUCCCAUUGUUCAUGAGGGGUCUUAGACGAAAGGUGAGACAUCUCAUGUGGAGAUUUAGGUGGAAAAUGCUCAUUUCAUAAAUAUAGUUCAAAAGCUGCUAGUGUUAUGCAGGAUGUUAUUUGUAUUUGGCAUAAUAUUUAUUUAUGGAAGGUAGAGAUAAAAUGUAUACGCUUGCUACAGUAGCACCACCUUAAAUAAAUUUUGACAGAAAGUUCCAUAUAAAGAUAUUUCACCUAUGGACUACCUGGACCCGUCAUUAAGAGAAAUCCUCCAAAAUGACAAAUGUCUGGUUAUUUAGGGACUAAUUAAUCUUUAUAAUUUUAAAAUUUAAAUAUUUUGCUUGAGUAAAUUAAGUGUGUACUUAUUUUGUGUUGUGAUGCAUUACGUAUUUAAAUUGAUAUUGUUAUUGUGAUGAAAACAACGGUUUGUUUGUAUGUACUUGUACGUAAAUUAGUAACGAAAUUAUUUAAUAAAAAUUAUCUGAAAAUUUA